CAAAUGCCUCAGCUUGGUGCCCAGUCGCUUGAAACAUACAACACGCAUCUCAAGUCCUCGCUCGAAGCGCUCAAACAGAAUCACACACCCACAUACCUCCAGGAAACCAGAGACCUUAUCUCAGCCUGUAUAGACCUCAUAAACACAACGCAACAGCGACCAAAACAUGUGAUAGAGUUCAACACGCUCUACAACAGCUAUAACAGCUACGUAAAAUCGAAGAAUAACAUUAACACUUUGAUAGAGCGGGCAGCAUUGAACAGAAACGAUAAAAUGCAACGGAUCAACGACGGAAUAGGUGAGGUUGUAAAGCUUACGGGGCUGGUGGACGAGCUUGUGCACGGACAAAGGGAAUUUGUUGACAAUGUAGAGGUUAUGAUGGAUAUGAAUCGGGACACCGUGAGGAGGAGUAAUGAGGAGAUGAAAAUAACCAUGAGAAAGAAAAAAAAAUCGAAAAGAUGGAAACAGGUAUUCGUGGUAGCUCUGGUACUGGUCGUGCUGUACUGUGUACUUAGGAUAUUUCAUUAGUGAGAGAUAUGAAUUGGAUGAGUA